UUCAGCCAUUCGCAUCGAAAGGCUUCACAUGUUUCUGGAAGCAUUCCUUCACCUUGCCGACUCCUUGAAAACGUUGUCGUAGGCUUCCAGCCACUACAUAGGCAAGACAUCAAACAAAGAAGUAAUGUCCGAACCCAGGGCUCCCGUCAGGCCCCUCUCGUCGUUGUUAGCAUCCGGCACUCCAGGAGCCGCCGCCUCGCAAAGAUGCUACCGGUCGGGCCAAGCCUCGUGCAACGUCGAUUUCCUAAAACCUCGAAAAAGGCGCCGUAUCCGUAAAGGCUUUUUUUUUCUCGAUCUUGGUACGGGUCGGCCGACUGCCCAGCGCCAGCGCUCGAGCGAGACAUUCCGCGUGCAACGUUCCCCGAAAUCCCAACUCCAUCCUGACUCGCCAUCGGGCCGGUGUUGCAUGGCGCUCAUUUACACUGCGACUCAGGCAGCAGGUUUUUGCCAAACCCCCCCCAACAAAGUGCCAACUCCGGGUUUCUGGGUUCUGAGUAGUGACGAGAGUAAGCUUACGUGCAGGGUGCGCCUGAAGCUCAGUGGUCGCUAUGGUCUGUGGAGAGGGUGCGUAAUUAACUGGUCGGAGGAGACUGCAACCUCAAGACCUCGCGAUCGUCCUCGCUUCGAGGUGGAUAUAGCUUGUCGACCCGCAACACCACGUUGCCCCUCCGCACGAGGAUCAUCAAUUAACACGUCGGAACGAGGGGCGGGCUUUUUCGAGACGCAACCCUGUCGAUCCUACUUAUCGCCGUGGCCUACGGACUGAUACAUUCUUCAGUUAGAACUCUGGUCAACGACUUGUUUCCUGUGUCUUUUGAGGGACACAAACCAGAUGACAUGUCAUCUAGUGCGACGAGCUGCUGUGGGAUCACCCAGGGCGAGAAUCCCAUAAUGGGGGUUUCCGCGAUCUGGAAGCCAGUCGACCUGCCUCGGAGGGCGUCAUGGGCGUGCACAC